CUGAUAGGUGUUUUACGCAGUACCCUACUUAUAUAUACAGCAGGACCUUCUCCCGGCUUGUAUGGCAUUACAUGUAUGAAUGAAACGCCUACGUAAUUAAACGUGCGCACAUUACAUGCAUGUAUUCCGCGUGUUUACAAAUGGCAGUUAAUGACCUAAACUUUCGUCGGUGAUAAAAGUUACUGUUUUUGUCGGAUGUCUUGAUCUUUAAAAGGUGUUUUUUGGUUUGUGUGGAAGGUAGGGUAGCUUGAUUAACUACUAGAGAAAUGUAUAAGCUUGGGUACCAAUACCGGAAGUAAUAUUUUGUUACAUUUAUUCUCUCUCCAAAAAAUCUUCGGUUAAAUCCGUUCCCUUAGUUAUGAAGGAUUGCACUUUCGUCGAUCUAACCGAUUAAGCCGUUUUUGAGUAAGAGUUAAUUCGUUAUUAAGAAUGGGUUCGUCCGUUAUAUCGACGAAUUAAAUUGCAAUUAAUUGAGGGGCCAGGACUUCCGUCUGUAAAGCAGACCGCCGUCAUAUAAGUGAAAAUAAGAUUAUAAUCAGUCAAUGACAUUUUUUUUAUGUCCUUGGGGUUUUUUCUUCUUUAAAGUUUGUAUUUUAUUCGGUAUAUUAUACAUGCAAUACAUUAUAAUGUUAGUGAAAUAAUAUAAUAUGCAUGUUUUCUAUGUGUGCCCAAACAAGUAACAAGGACGUGCUGAUCUGGACAAUGGAUCUUUUGCGGGUGUCGACGUUUUCCUUGCUGAUACUGCACUUAGUUACCGAAGUCUAUUCUUGUACGGAACCGACAACCUGUGUCCGUGCUGAUGAUUCGUGCAGAGAAGUCCAGAAGUUUGUGAGCUGUCGAGAUGAUCAAAGUCGAGAUUGUUCCGAGGCUGUCCGUACAAGGCACGAGGUGUCAAUCAAACUCAUCAAAAGUACAUAUUCCAAAUCCCCGUUUAACUGUGUCUUUAGCAAAGGGUCCAGCAACUUCCGGUGCGGGUUUGUCGCCAUCUUCCUUGCCACAGUGCUCUCCAAGGUCUUAAACAACUUCCUUUAGACUCGUGAACUGUAAAGAAAAGCCAGUCUGACGUCAUCAUUCUCAUUUCAAAUAAGAAUCAUACUCUUACCAUGAAACGCUUGCGUGGUAUUUUUUUAUAUCGAAUUUAUGAUGUGGUCUAACAUGUAAGUUUGAAAGUACAGUUUUUUUAAAGCUUAUCAUGUAGCUUUCUUUCUGGGGCGUAAAAAUAGCUUUAAUCUGCACAUUUCAUACGAUCAGAGCAGUAUGUCCCGAAAUUAAAUAGCCUGCUGUGGUGACGUCAUCGGUGAUAGCAGUCAAAAUAACUUAGUUCGUCGAAGAGUCGAAACUGGGAGCGCGAAUCUGGCCCCGUGUUCCCAGUAUGUUCAUCGAUGACAUCAUUUCCGAAUAUUUCCGACCACUGAUGGAAAAUAUGCAUAAAACACAAUUGUUUUUAAGAAAUAUUAAAUAUGCUCCAAAAAUAAUUUUUCUUUUGGCAUAUCUUUCAUUAUUUUCCUCAAAACCAUAAUCUUUAUCAUUUUGUUUUAUGAUACCUUUUUUAUGUAUUUCAUGAACCUUACAACUUGACUAUAUAACUCGUAGUCGUGCGCAAAUACUACUGAAAGCAAAUUAAGUAUUACUAAUAUACAAUGUAAAAUAAUCCGCUUUGUAUUCAUGUUAUCCAGAAAUUAAAAUAUGAUACAUAAUUGGUGGGUGUGUAAGUCUUGAAUUUCCCUUCACCAAUUACGUGUAUGU